AUAACAUCUAUGCUAGCUAUAUUAAACAUGGAAGUCUCCAGGGAGAGUGAAGCUCGAGGUGAAGCUGGAAAUUGCGGCACAGCUAGUCCUCUUAAGAAACAAGAUUACACUUUUAGCUCUAGUUUGUCCCUCGAGCAAAUCAGAAAGAAGCAGAAUCAAUUUUCUAUGGAAAGAGAUUGGGAACAGUAUCAUACCCCUAGAAACUUGCUCUUAGCUCUAGUUGGAGAAGUUGGAGAACUUUCUGAAAUUUUUCAGUGGAAAGGAGAAGUCGAUGUGGGUCUUCCAGGAUGGUCUCAUAAAGAUCGAGCCCAUGUUGGUGAAGAACUAAGUGAUAUCCUCAUAUAUUUAAUUGAACUGGCUGAAAAGUGUCAUAUUGACUUACCAUCUGCAGUUUUACGGAAAUUUGAGCUGAACUUUAAAAAGUACCCUCCUGAAAAGGUGUAUGGCUCAAGCAAAAAAUAUACUGAAUACAUAUCUGAUGAUAACUGAUAUUCAUCAUACUGCGGUCAUUGUCAUUACCAUUUAUUUUGAAAGACCAUUUGCAUAGUGACAAAAAAAUAUUGUGAAUGAUCUACAUGUAGAAAUUUUUAUUGUUCUACGGUGUAAGACACUCCUACUUUAGUAUCUUGUUGGAUUUUACAAUCAACAAUAAAGCACUCUGAGUACAUCAAUUAUUGUUUUUUUACCUAUGAUGAAUGAUCUAUUGAA